CCCGACUUCAAUCUCAGGCGUUCCAUCGACUUCUCCUUCUCUUUCCUUCUCUUCAAGUUGUUUCCGCCUGAUUAUUAUGGCGUCUCCGCGCAAACGGAAGACGACACCGAUAUAGUAUAAAAACAACAAGAACCACACACACUCACCUCAAUGGCUUCCGUCUCGUCUACAGAGACUGGCGCAAUGACGGUCGAACCGCUGUCGGAGCAGAACGUCGCUCGAAUCCCUCACAUACUCCCCCACGAGCGCGUGUUUCCUAUCCAGAUCGGAAGCGAGCUGUUUAAGCUGUCGGGUGCUUCCUUGUCUUCUGACGCACCGUCGUACUUUUCUCAGUACUUUCUGUGCCAGCUCAAGUCGGCAGAAGAGAGGGGUGACGAGACGGGCGCAGCGAUCCGGACCCUCUACAUCGAUCGCGAUCCCGUCAUCUUCCGCGACAUCUCGCUGCAUCUACAGGGUUACCACGUCUCCCCGCGCGACGGCGAGCACUUUGUGCGACUCUUUUCCGAUGCGCAGUUCUACAGCCUCCCCCUGCGCGUAGUGCCCAAGCUUAUCUCGCAGCUCUACGAGGAGAGCAUCUUUAUCUGCAUCGGCCAUCGAGAGUUUCAGAUCCCCCGCGAGAUCUUCAACGAUCCUGGAAACUCGCCCAACUUCUUCUCCCUUGGCUUCGCUGCCUUCUUCUCGCGCCCUGACGACCUAUUCCCCGGCCUCGACCGCGAGGGCCUCAUCCGACCGCCUUCGAUACUGCCGCCCUCGGUCCCCAAGCGCAGCGCAAAGACGUUUGCAGAGCUACUGCACCUCUUGCGCGGGUAUCCGAUUCAUAUCCGCGACGAGACGCACCGGCAGGAGCUGCUUCGCGAUGCUCGAUACUUUCACUUCAAGGGUCUUGAGCAGCGUCUCAUACCUCACUCCAUUAGCCACAACCAGGCGAGGCGGCGUGAUGAGAUUGUUCUGCGUCUUGAAAAUGUCCAAAAGAGCGGUAUAAGCGUCUUCCUCGAAGGGCCCGACCCCGUGUCUGGAUGGGUACAGUACGCUCGGCCGUACGUCGACGAGAAGCCGGCCGAGUUGGUACUCGAAAUUGGUGGUGAAAUGACAAAGAUUCACUUCACAGGAGGUGUUCCUAGGGCCGAGUUCUUCAAGGAUACAAAGGCUCGUGUCGCCAAGCUGUUUGAGGUCAUCUCCACCAAGCUUAACCUGCCUCCAACGACACAGCCCCUUGGCCUCCUUAUGGCCACAGGCGGAGCUGGCUCUCAGCCCGCAACUCCUGGAAAUACACCUCUGAGUGAGGACCUUGUUCGAGUGAUAUUAGACUCGGACUCUGCCAUCAUCCUUGAUGGCAAGGAGCACGUUGAAGAGCCUGCCGCGGCCUCAACCGUGGACUCGCCCACAAGCGGUACCUUAUCCAACCCACGGAAACGAAGGCGAGCCGAUGGUAGUGUUACAGAGGAGGAGUGGGUGGUAAAGACGGGCCAAUGGAGACUCAAGAUUCAGCCCUCGAAGAAUGGCAAGAGUGGUGUUGAGUGUGUCCUUGUUGCAGCUAAGCUUGACGCCGUGAGCUCACAGCUGGCACGCAACAUGGCGAGAGGAUUCCUAGGAGGUUAAACAUGGAAGGAGAGUAAGAAGGAAAGACGGAAAGAAAGAGGGGGGUGCAUACACGGACAUGACAUUUAUGAUAGCAAGAGGCGAAUGUAGAAUCUGGAGUUCGGAGGUUAUCUAUCUUGGAUACCAAUACAAUUACGCAUCAAGACUGACAAUCAAACAAGCACCAAGUUCUCAUAACACACCAAGAGGCAGCAAGUUUCAACGUAUACGUAUCGUGUCAUUGCAGAUACGGGGAAAAAAAGAAACUAUCAACG